AUGGGGUUACCAGCAUUACAAGCAACAAAUCAAGGAUAUAUUAAUAUUAAUAUACCUUCUAAAUCAAAACAAUGCAGUUUUAGCGUAGAACAAGCCAUAAACGCACCAUUAGAAGUAGUAUGGUCAAUAGUACGACAAUUUCACAACCCAAAAGCCUAUAAAUUGUUCAUUAGAUCAUCUUCUUCAGACGGUUCUACCAAUAAUUUAGGCUCAUUUUGCAACAUAACCCAUGUAAGUGGCUUCCCAGCAACCACAAGCAUCGAGCGGCUCGACGAGCUUAACGACGAUAUGCAUUUUAUGGUGUUUAGUCUUGUGGGUGGUGACCAUAGUCGUCGUCUAGCUAACUAUAAAGCUAGGCUGUCCGUCGAACAAGAAGGUGCGACGAAAAGCGAAAUAAGGACGAUUGUAAGGCAAAGAUAUACUGUUGAUGUGCCGCAAGAUAGUAACGAGGAGGAUACUCGGUUGUUUGUUGAUACGCUUGUUGGUCUUAAUCUUAAAUCUUUGGCUAGGAUUGCCGAGCAAAUGAUUCCUUAG